CGGCAUGUUUUGCUCCUAACGCAAAUAUUGCCUCUCUCUCUCUCUCUCUCUCUCUCUCUCUCUCUCUUUAUCACUCUCUUUCACUCAACUCUCUCUCUCUCUCUCUCUCUUGCCCGCUUUCUUCAGUGCGAUCCGUUGCCUCUGUAGAUCUCUCGGGUGCGGUCUAUGCGCUUCUGUCAAGUGGAGCUAGAGUGGGAAUCGGCGAAAGAGAAGUAGAGGUAGGAGGGAAAAAGCUAAGAGGAGAAAAGGAAGAAAUCAGCUAUUCUCCUCUAUCAAUCGGUCAAUCUCAUUGAGAAAUUGAAACGAAAUCUAUCGUUCUCUAUCACGGAGUUUGCAUAUCGUCAGCUACAGACUAUCCGGUGAUGGAUCGUCGCAGUUGGCCUUGGAAAAAGAAAUCUGAAAAGGCAGUAGUUUUGACUGAUUCUGCCAGUGCAUCCUUGCCUAAUUCCAGUGAACUUCAAACAGAAAAGGAUGAUGCAAAGAAUGAGAAGUAUAUACAAAUUAAGAUGGAAUCAUACACCCAUCUUACCGGAUUGGAAAAUCAAGUGAAGUCAUUGACUGAGAAAUUGUUAUUAGCUGAAUCAGAGAUAGCUACAAAGGGUAAUCUAGUAAAGCAACAUGCAAAAGUUGCAGAAGAAGCAGUCUCAGGAUGGGAAAAGGCUGAAGCUGAUGCUUUGGCUCUGAAACAGCAUCUUGAAUCUGUCACAUCGCUGAAGCUUUCUGCUGAAGAAAGAGCACUCCAUCUUGAUAACGCUCUAAAGGAAUGCAUGAAACAGGUAAGGAUUGUGAAGGAAGAGAGUGAACAGAAGUUACGUGAUGUUAUCUUCACCAGGACAAAACAGUGGGAAAAGGCCAAGGCUGAGCUCGAGUCGAGAAUCACUGUUUUUGGGCAAGAGCUACAGAAGGCCUCUGCUGAAAAUUCAGUUCUUUCAAGAUCACUUCAAGAACGAUCUAAUUUGCUAAUAAAAGUUAGCGAAGAGAAAUCUCAGGCAGAUUCUCAGAUUGAAGUACUGAAGAAUGAUUUACACUCCUGUGAAAGAGAAUUAAGUUCGAUGAAAUAUGAACUUCAUGUUAUCUCCAAAGAGCUGGAGAUUCGCAACGAAGAAAAGAAUAUGAGUAUGAGAUCCGCAGAAGUUGCAAACAAACAGCACCUGGAAGACGUCAAAAAGAUUACAAAGCUGGACGCUGAAUGUCAACGGUUACGUGGUCUAGUUCGAAAGAAGCUGCCUGGAGCCGCUGCAUUAGCCCAAAUGAAACUCGAAGUUGAAAAUUCAGGCCGAGAAUCUGGGCAAAGCAGACUCCGGAAUUCUUCUGCACAUAUUUCUAGUCUACAUCAUAUAUCGCCUUCAGACGUUUCCCUUGAAAGCAUUCAGCACGCUCACAAAGAAAAUGAGUUCCUUACUGCUAGAUUAUCGGUUAUGGAGGAAGAGAUGAAGUUGCUUAAGGAAGCAUUAUCAAAGCGCAACGAUGAACUACAGGCUUCAAGAGACUUGUGCGCUAAACAAGCAAACAGGCUUCGCAGCACGGAAGCACAUGUACUAGCUCUAAGCCAACAGAAGAACUCCUCAAUAGAAAACAUUGAAAGUAACCCACCUAGCUUGACCUUCUUAUCUGAAGAUGGCAUUGGUAAAGAAGUUAGUUUUUCAGAGUCUUGUCCUACUGCACUAUAUUCAGAGGUUUCACACUCUAAGCAAGAGAAAAACUUUGACACAGUUAACACACCCGAGAACUCGAAUUAUUUGGAGCUUAUGGAUGACUUUUUGGAGAUGGAGAAAUUAGCAUGUUUAUCAACAGAGACAAAUGGCAAAAUCAGUAUGUCUAACCAUUCAGAAGCUGAUAAAGUGGAUCCAACUCCUUUGAGGCAUUCUAACAUACUGAAAUGCGCAGAUUCUGAAUUAUUAGAUUUGACCCUGGAACAUGCUUCAACUAAAAAAGAUCUUCCAUUGUUGAUACUUAAAUCAAGAAUAAAUUCCAUAUUUGAGUCUCAAGCAUACGGGAGUACGGCCAAAAAAAUUAUUGAGGAUGUAAGGCAUAUUAUUAAGGAUGCUCAGGAAGAAUUGCUCAAAGAGCAAAGUGAAUCCAUUGAUGACUUGGCUGAGCAAAAGUAUUGUCAUAAAUACAUUCAAGAAAUUAAUGGUGAUGGAACGUCUUUGAACAAUCAAUGUGCUAAAGUUGUUUGCCUUUUUGACCAGGAACUCAAGGAUGCCAUUUCCCAAAUUUAUGAAUUUGUUCUAUCACUGGGUAAAGCUGAAGCAGAAAUUCAAGAUAGUUCUAAUGAUUUUCUAAGGGUAGGCAAGAAAUUUGAGGAGUCUUUUGCUUCUAUAGACAAUGUCAUGUGUAACGAAGUAAAUUUGCAUGACUUCAUUUCAUCUCUCUCCCGCAUAUUGUGUGAAACCAUUGAUCUCGGAUAUAAAAUGCGGACUGUAAAAGGCAGUGAAAGGGAGAGUUAUGGUUCUGAUUGCGUUGGCAAAGAUACCUUGUUAAGGAAUGAAGUAACUCGGCAUGAAGAAAGUCUAUCAGGAGCAUCUUCGUUAGUUGCUCACACUUCCUUCAGUCCUCAAUUUGAAGGGUCCACUAAUGCUGGCUUCCAAAUAAAAUCCACUUUGCCGAUGUUGUCUCUAGAGAAUUUUGAUCAUCUGAAAAUUGAGAAAGAGAAUAUAGAGAUGGAUUUAGUUAGAUGCAAAGAAAUGCUGAACCAGACAAAUUUGGCUUUAAUUGAAACUCAACAACAAUUAACAGAGAUGAAAUCAGAGCUAGCUUCGUGUCAAAAGUUAAACAGCUUGGCUUCAACUCAGUUGAAAUGUAUGGUUGAGUCAUAUAAGAUUUUGGAAUCUCAAAAGGAGGAGCUGGAGGCUGAAAUAAGCCGUCUGCAUGCAGAGGUUGAAACCUUGGAUAAUGAGCUUCAAGAGGAAAGGCAUAGUCACCAAGAAUAUGUUACCAAAUACAAUGAACUUCAAGAGCAGAUAGACAGGAACUUGAAGUUUUCAGCUUGCACAUUUCCUUCAAAUGCUGAUGUAACAAAGACCAAACAGGAGGUCACAUACCCCAGGAGUGCUCUGAUACAAGCAUGGUUUAAAAUUGCGCAACAAGAGGCGGGCCUCAGCUCAAUUCAGGCCUUUUGCACAUCAAGGCUAACGCCUUGAACUUGAAACGCGAGGCAUAUGCCUCAAAUAAAUGAAGGCGCGCCUCGACUCACUUCUACUAGGCGUUCGCCUCAUAAAAAGGUAUUAUAUAAAAAAAAAUCUAAACCUACUAUGUAUUCUUAUUUCCUUCGUAUUCGACUUCGCCUGGCCACUUCGAACGUCAGCUCGUCGACUUCGCCU